AUGGGUGGCGGUAGGAGAAGGAAAAACCGGCGUAAUAAGUCAAAACGUAAAGUUUUACCACCGGAGUUAUAUUUACCACCAGAGUUAUGGAGGAAGGUAUUGGCGAGGUUGCCGGUGAAAACCCUAUUAAGAUUCAGGGCGGUUUGUAGAACCUGGUGUUCUGUGAUCGAUGAACCUGAUUUUCUUUCGAUGCAUCUUAAUCUUUUUAAGAAUAAUGUUAACAAGAAUUACUUACUAGUCAUGGAUUCAGAUUUUUGGGGAGAUCCAUAUUUAGGAGUUCGUCUAAGAGAGAGUUUUACGAUAAUUACACAACUUCAGCAAAAUACCAAAUCAUUUAAGAUUCACGGAAAUUGUAAUGGAUUGGUUGUAAUUCAACAUUAUGAUACGUUGGUUGGGAUUCAUAAUGAUAAUAGGGUGAACCCUUUGAUAAAGCUAUGGAACCCGUCUGCACAAAAAGCUAUAUAUGGUCUAGGACAGAUGUGUGAUUAUUACUCUAAUGGAGCCGCACACUGGCUUGUGUCCGAUAAAGAAGAACAAAAUCAAUUCACACAUGUUCUUUCGUUCGACUUUGGUGCGGAAGCUUUCAGCUAUGUGAAAUUGCCGGUUGUUGAAGAUGAAACCACUACAAGAAUUUGA